UCCAGGAAGAUCAUUUAUCUCAAUGCCCAGGGCAGGAUUAUCCUGAUGCCAGCCAAAUAAAACUAGAAUGUGGACUUGAACGUAGUCUACAUCUAGGCAUACGUUAAUUGAAGCGAACGAAUCGAACAUUCAAUAGAGACGUCAUCAUGUUAACAGAACACUUUGCGCUUUAGCUACAGUACUCUAUCUAUUCUACCUUUCUAUCUCACUGCCUUCGAUCAUAUUCUCAUACCUGCAUCUAUAAAUCUUACGACCCGCCCUUGGACAGAAUGUCGGACUUCGUCAUCACUGUGGAGUCGCCUCGUCACAGCAACCCUUUCAAGAGCAAGAAAAAACACCAGUCGAAGCCACUCAUAUCUGUACACGAAGAACGUACGACUGAUCACUCCAGCCCUGGCCAGGAUCCUUUCGCAACUCCAACACAGCCUGACUCGGAUGAAUACUUCAAUACAUCGUCCCCACCAGCUCCGAUGGCAUAUCACAACCCUGAGGUUACAUCAAGCCAAGUCCCAACUUCUACCAAUGAUCUAUACUAUGGUAAGCACCAGAUCAUGAGCGCUGGCGAUUACACACGGUAUAGUUCGCCCAUAGCAUUCAAUUCUUCGGGUGCUACUGUUUGCUCUCAAUCUGGCAGACACUCCAGUCCAAUGAACGACCUCGACAAACGCGGUGGGCCGAAUAUAACUCGUGGCAACCGUACUCUCUAUGCUACCUCGUUGCAAUCGGACUUCACAACACCUUCCACGCGGCCUGACUUGGGCAGGACCAAUUGUUCUUCUAUCCGUGCAAAACUCAAAACGCUCAUUCUAACCAUUUCAAAGCUCAAAGACAGCCUCGAGAAGGACCGGAAAGCCAAAAGGUAUUUGACCGAGGAAGAGUAUCAGCAUUAGAAGAGACAGAAGGGUAUGAGCACGAGUAUGAAUGAGUUGUCCAACAGCAAGGGUCAGUCAAUGCAUGGGGACAGGUCGAACAAUAAAGGUACAACAUCACACAUAGACGAGCUAGCAGAUUGAGAAAGUGUAAA